CCCGCCUUCUACCACUCCUUCGCCUCGGCCCUCCUCUCGCUCCCCUUCCCCCUCCUCCUACCCCACCCGCGCGCCCGCCUCCUCCUCGCCGCCACCGAGCUCACCCGCGCGGCCGCGCCGGGCUUCGCGCCCUUACUCCUCUCCCUCCUCCGCCGCGUGCCCUUCCCCGGAGACGCCCGCCUCCUCGACCUCAUCCGCGAGCAUUCCUCCUUCCUCGUCGCCGAGGAGCCCCAGCUCAUCGCCUCCGCGGUCUUCGCGUUCCUCCGCCUCCUCGCCAGGAACCGCCUCGCUCCGUUCCCCAGGAGCGCCGAGUGCAGCAACUGCGAGGAGUGCAAGAGCGCAAAGAACCUCGAAGAGUGCGGAGAGAAGCUGGUGUCCUUCUGCGUCUCGGUGCUGCGGGAUAACUUCCAGGUGUGCACGCUGAUCGGGAGGGACCUUGUGCGGUCGCUCCAUGAACUGGUGCUCGUGCCGGAGUUCCAGGGACUUUGGAAAGACUUGAUUUUGGGCCGAGGCGGUGACAUUUGCCGGUUUGCCAGUCCAGGUUGGUGCACAGCCUUGCCUAUCUCGCCGGAGAUGGAGACGCAACUGCUGUUCUUGAUGAACAAUGUGAAGUGGGGAAGCCAGAAGAGGUACCAGCUGUGGUUCGCUAGGAAGCAUUUGAUGGUGCCCGGAGGGGAGGAGAGGAUACCGGACAUUGUCCGCUUCAUAUGCUGCGGGUACCACCCGACCAAUGAGGUUAUACAGUCCGGUGUCAUUGCCCGCUGGGCGGUCAUCGGUUGGUUGCUGACUAGUUGCAGCAAGGGAUACAUUGUAGCGAAUGCGAAGUUGGCGCUGUUCUAUGACUGGCUGUUUUUUGAUGAAAGCAAGGGUAACGUCAUGAACAUUGAGCCCGCAAUGCUUCUGAUGUUGAACUCAAUAUCUCAGUAUGUAGAUAUCGCAAACAUGCUACUUGAGUUCUUAUUUCUUCUGAUUGAGAACUAUGAGGUGCGGAGGAAGGAGGCCAUCGAGCAGUCUGUGAGGUGCGCAUUCACAAUGCUGGUGAAGAAAGGAGUGCUCCCGUCAUUGGAGUUGUUGACAUGCUGCGAGAAGCUAUCGCCACUGCUUAGGCAGAAGCUUGUGGCAUUUUUAUCUAGUAGCACUCCUGUGGCAGCUGUAGAAGCUUGCUUGAAACCGAUUGAUGAUGUUUCUAAAGCAGCAGAGUUGAUGAAGAAGAGAGUUUGCUUCAUCAAUAAUUGAAGAAGAGAGCAGCAGAUGAUGUUUCUAAACCGAUUGCUUGAAACCGAUUGAUGAUGUCACAACCUUCUGUUUCCAGAAUGAACUGCAGUCAGCACCAAUCCACCAAUAAUUGCACCUUGUGAAUGAUCUGAGAAGGCACACAGAGAGGAACUACAGGACCACACCAAUUUACAAGCAAUUCAGGUGAAGGCAUCCCUUAAGCAAGAAAAAGGAAUUUGGAGUGUGGACUCAUCAUAAGCUUGCCCUUGGACCUACAAACCUGGUCCUCACCAAUAUCCACAGAAUAUGUCCAAUCAAAGGCUACUCUGUGAUUCAAACUGCAUUAGAAGUCAAUUCAAUUCCGUCCAAUUAAUGCUGAUAAUGCCACAGUACAUGCGGAUCAUGAGCAGGAAGCUUUGAUUUAGCUUUGAUUUUUAAUUUCUGCUGGUUGAAAACUAUGACAACUCAAGAGUUUCUCAACCUAUAGUGUCUCUGAUUGAUAUGCAGAACACUUGUGUUCAUCUGAAGCAUAGAAUGAAUUUAACUGAAUGGUAGACCGCUUCUUGUUAUUCAUUACAAUUUAGCUUCAAAUGUAAUGAAUUGAAGUGCUGGCAGCAAAGUAACAAUUCUCUGUGCAAACUCAUCAUCUGCUUGAAGCCUUGAACUGAUGAACGAAGCCUCAUUGAGCCGUUUUGACAAUUCUGAGAUAAAUACACAAUAUAUGGAUUGAAUGA